UCCCUAAAGUCUGGCAGAAGUUGCUGCAUCUCAGACUCUGCAUGCAGCAUAGAGGGAAUCAUGGUUUGUGUAUUUCUGUGGAAUCCUAUAAGUGGGCUGACUUUCUCCUCAGACUGAAUAUAAUCACUUGCUAAUACAUGUUUUCUUGCAAACUAGAAGAAUAGAACAAGAAAGCUGUAGAAGAUCUUGUGUUAUUUAUUAUCAUACUAUAUAAGAUUGUUUUGUUAUGCAGGAGUAAUAUUGCUUUGUUAUAUGUUCUAGGGUUUAAAAGCCUUUUUAAACAGGCAGUCUGUGGUUCUGACAUGAGUAAGUGAUGAACUCCUCAAUAUACAGCAACACACAAACUACUGGUAGAGAUUCGUACGCUACAGCUGUGGCCAAAAAUGUGAUAGUUGCAGCUUUGUACGUCACCAUUAACUACAUUAAUGGAACACUGGUCCACACUUUCUUCAAGCAUGAGAUCUUCACGGAGAAUCCCCGAUACAUCCUCUUCAUCCACAUGGUCCUGAAUGACAUGAUCCAGCUAACCAUGGCAGUGUUGCUUUACAUCAUAUCUUACAUAUUUUUUACAAUGAAUGUCUCUUUAUGCUGCUUGAUUAUAAUGCUUGUAGUGUUCACCACCCUCAACACCCCUCUAAAUCUGGCUGGCAUGGCUGUGGAGCGCUACAUAGCUGUCUGCUGUUCUAUUCUUCCAGAUCUUUUCAUUCUUCUAGCCACUGAGCCUUUAUAUUAUUUCCUUUCUACCAUCAUUUGCAGUCGAGACUUGGUCUUCAGGCAUCGUUACCUGAUAGAGAAGAAAAACAUCUCACAUCUGGUCUAUCUGUCCUUCGUUUGGCUCACUUUGUUUUACACGUACUUCAGGAUCAUGUUCGCUGCCAAGGCCACUGGUGCAGAUGCCCGGAAGGCCCGAAACACCAUCCUCCUGCAUGGACUGCAGCUUGUGCUGUGCAUGUUUACCUUCAUUGUUCCGUUAUUUGAGAGUUUGCUAUUAUCUCUUUUUCCGUUAUUAAAAAAUGACAUUAGAUUUACAAUUUAUGUCUUUGUUCAAAUUUUGCCAGGGUUUAUAAGCCCUGUUGUGUAUGGCCUAAGGGAUCAAAUGUUCCGUAAAUAUCUGGAAACACAUUUCUUGUACAUGGCACAUAAAAAAAGCAAUAAAAUAAAAACACAACCCAUCCCAUCAAUCUCCCAGUAGGGUCAUCAUAUUGUCAUCUAAUUUUAAUAUCAAUGAGAAAACAUCCAUUAUGUCUUUUGUAUCUUUUAUAUUUAAUAAUGUGUUUAGAGGGAUAAAUGCUUGUAUAAUUGUUUGAAAAUCCUUGUUUUAUUUUGUAUUUUUUAUAUAAUGUAAAUCUGUUUCUUUUUUCAUUACAUUGUGUCAAAAUGAACCAAUGG